AUGAAGCUUCUCUGUGCCUUCCCAAAACUCUGCAUAAGGCUGACUCAUCUAUUGUUAGCUUUGGAGCAUCUGCAUUCCAACCGCGUUCAUCAUAGAGACCUCAAGUUAUGUAACAUAUUCAUCACAAAGGACAACGACAUCAGGUUAGGUGAUUUUGGAUUAGGAAAAUUGCUAGAUGCAGAAGGCCUUGCUUCCUCGGUAUCUGGCACACCAAACGACAUGUGCCCUGAGCUCCUUGCCGGAAUACCCUAUGGCUAUAAAUCUGAUAUAUGGUCGCUUGGAUACUGUAUGUUUGAAAUUGCUGCACAUCGACCCCCGUUUAAAGCUUCCGUGAGUUGA